AUGAAAUCUUGUGCAUUAGUUUGCUUAUUAGUGAUAGCAUCAUGUUAUUAAGUGAAUAAAAGUGAUAAAUGCAAUGAAUGUAACCAAUUAAAGUCGUAAAUCGAUUGCGAAAUCGGGAAACAAGAUCAAUAAAAUUGUGAGUGGGUUAAGGAUUCAACCACUAAAGGAGGAAAGUGCUAAAAGAAACUGACUUAGGAUAAUCCUGUUACAUUUAAGUCAUAUUGUGAAUUGAUAACAUAAUAAGAAACUAGCUGUCACUUAAUAGAUGGUUGUGCUUACAUUGAUAAGAAAUGUGUAAUCUUUGCUGGUUGUUCGGCCUAUGGGUAUUAGAGGACAGACGAUUGCUAAGCAGUCUCAUAUCAAUGCAUAAGUGACGGAUAUUCUUGUAUUAACUUUAAAGAAUGUAAGGAUUAUCCUUCAGACAUAUGUAAUGUUUCACCAAGUUUAUCCGGUAGAAGAAUAUGUAAGUGGGAUUUUAUAGAAAAUAUUUGUAGAGAUUAUAAGUGUUCUGACAGUGAUGAGAAACUAAUAACUGACGAUUAAUGCGAUUAAUGGCUAAAAGGAUGCAUAACAAGAGGGACUGGUUGUUGGGAAUCCCCAUUACCUCCGUGUUCAAGUUACAGGGGCAAUGAAAAGAAAUGUGAUUAAUAUAUUGGUUCGGAUGGAUUUUGUGAAUAAGGCUAAGACGAAAUGUGUUAAGCCAAACUAUGCAAAAACGCUCCACUAGAAUAUUAUACUGAUUCUGAUUGUAGGAGAUAUUAGAAGGGUUGUAUUACAAAUGGAAAGGGAUGCAUAAUUGGGUCUGCUAAGCCUUUGUGCUCAGCCUAUUUCGGCGAUAAUUCAAGUUGUCAAAGAUAUAUUGGAUCAGAUGGACAAUGUGAAGGGACUCAAGGUGGAACUAAUUGCAGAGUCAGAAGGUGUGAGGACUCUCCCAAUUAUAAUACUGAUUAACUGUGUAGAGAAUAUUAGCCUCAAUGUAUAACUAAUGGAGUGGGAUGCGUUUAGUAUUUAGACUUUUGUAGUAAUUAUAAAGGAAAUAUUAAAUAAUGUCUUUCUUAUAAAGGGAGAGAUGGUAAUUGCAAAGGGAAUGAGAAAGAUAAGGAGAAUGGGCAGUAAUGCAUGCUCAGAGUUUGUAAUGAAGCACCAACUAAUUAUAGUACAGAUGAGGAGUGUAAUGGAUAUUAGAUAAAUUGUGUAACAACUGGAUUUGGAUGCAUAAAUAGGAUUGACAGGAAAUCUUGUGCGACUUAUGAAGGAGAUUCUGAAAGAUGUUUGAGGCUUGUGGGUUCUGAUGGUAAUUGUAUGUGGGUAAGUGGAAAUUUCUGUACAGCAAGAGAUUGUCAGUCAGCUCCGGCUAAUUAGAAGUGUAAUGAAUGGAAGUAGAGUUGUGUGAGUAGUGGGAAUGAAUGUAUAAUGAAGACAUAGUGUCAAAAAACCAUUAACUAAACAAGUUGUGAGGGCACUGAAGGUUGUUUUUGGUAGUCUGUUUGCACUGAUGGUUCUGAUUGUUCUUAGUUUAAGAGUGAGACUGUGUGUAGAUUUACUAAGGCUAAGAAAGUAUUAAAUGGAAGACUAGAGUCAAUAAAAUGCACUUGGACAACAAAUGGAUGCAGGGAGUUAACUUGUGAUGAAUUAAUAGGAUCACAAUAUAAUGAUGAUAGAAAUUGUUAAAAUGAAAUGUCAACUUGUAUUAGUGAUAUGAAAAACUCAUGCAUUAAUAAAUAUGAUUGUUCCAAACUCUAUGGGAAUAAAUAGACAUGCUUUGGAUAUCUAGGAUAUUGUACGAAUAUUGAAAGUGCAGAUGAUAACUCCCCUUGCAUUACUAGACAAUGCUAAGAUAAUGUUGAGUUGACAACUAAUCAAGAAUGCAAUGAUUUCUUGCCGGGGUGUAUUACUAAUGGAAGAGUUUGUGUUAAAUAUGGAACUGUGUGUUCUCAAAUGCAAGGUGAUUAAAUCAUGUGUAGUCAAUUCUUUGGGUACUUAAAUGGAUCACCGUAGAAUUUCACAACCAUCCAGUGUUACAAUAGGAAAAAUGCAAAUUUAUUAACAUUUUGCAUGAUAAAAACUUGUGCUGUGGCUGAAGAAAUGGAAAAUGAUUAGCAAUGCUAAGAGUUUUUAAAUGGUUGUGUUUAUGAUGGCAAAGGAGGAUGUGUAGAUCCUAAUUAGGCUACUUGUGAGUCAUAUUAUGGAAAUGAUCUAUUUUGUGAACAAGCCAUAGUUGGGCAAAACUCAAAACAAUAUUGUUUCGGAACAUCAACGAAAGGAUAGUGUGUGAAGAGAGAAUGUUAUCAUAAAUCUGUUGCACAAAAGAACUCAGAUUGUAAUCUAUUUCGCUAAGACUGCCUAUUAAAGAAUUCAAGAUGUGUCGAUUAAACUAGUGUAACAUGUUAAGACUAAUCUGGGACCGAGGAAACUUGUCCGCUUUAUUAUGGAGGAAUUCAAAUAUAUAAAGAAUGGUCUUAGGUUUAAUGUAUCAGAAAAGUAUAUAGUCAAUAAAGGCAAUGUUAAGACAUAGCUAGUCCUAACACUCCUGAAGAAUGUACAAACUAUAAAUCAACUUGCAGAUUUUCUCUAAAAGGUUAACCUUGCAUUAUGGCUAAUGAUUGUACUUAUUAUCAAAUCCCCGACUCUGCUAACACAGAUCAAAAAAGAUUCCAGUUUUGCACUAGUAUUAAAGAUCGAAUGGGAUUGUAUUGCGGCUGGGACUUAGGGUAAUUUUGCUCCAUAAGGGCAUGCCAACAAAUCGUAAAUGGGAAAAUUUCUGAGUGCUCCUCAUUCAUUCAGAAAGGUAAAACCACCGGAAGUGACUUUUGCAUUCUGGCUGGUUCAUCUUGUUUGGCUCCCGCUAUGGAAUGCUUUGCUUAUUUCGUUCCAAUGAAUCUACUAACCUUUGAAGAGAAGUGGAAUUACUGUAUAUUGCUCAAAAAUACUAAAGGAAUAUAAUGUACUUACAACAGUACUUUUUCUGGCAUUUGUAGUUAUUAAGACUCCUGUGAAAGUUUAAUCAAUUUCAAAGAUUCUAAAUAAUGCAAUGACUUCUUGGGAUGGAAAGGAGGCCAAUGCUAAAAGGCUAAGAACUCUCGUUGCUAUACUACUGCUUAUGGUUGCUUUAGUUACUCAAUACCUCCUCUUUAAACCUAUACUCAAAAAUUGGAUUUCUGUCUUAGUUUGAAAGUAAUGGAUUUAUCAAAUAAGUCAGGUACUCCUUAUAUACCCUGUACAUAUACAGAGGGAGUAACCUGUUCAGAAAUCAUUUAAUGUUCAGAUAUUUAAAAUCCUAAAUCUCAUAUAGAUUGUGAGAUAUAUGGUUUUUAGUGUGGCUACUUCAAUAACAGAUGCUAUAAUUCAGUUUCUUCAUGUAAUGAAGUACUCUUCACAACUCAAUUAACUACUGACUCUUUGAAAUCUCUCUUUUGUAACAGCAUGAGGAUUCAGUCUCCAGUUGAGUAAAACCACUGCGUUCUCAAUUCAGAUAAGACUGGAUGUGUAGCCAGUUCUUUCAAUGAAUGCUCUUAGAUUGGACCCUUUCCAGAAUUUUGGGAUUAACAACCUGCUAAUAUUGAUACGUUUUGCUUAGCUCAUACUGAUAAAUCAAAAACUAUUCAAUGCAUUCGAGAUUUUGGAAAUAAAUGCCGAGCAGGAACUUGUGAACAUAUACCAUCACCUCACUCUCAAGGUGAUUGUGAUAAUCACAUCAAAGGCUGUAUAUUUUUACUUGGAAAAUGUAUAACAGUUGGCAUCAUAACUACUUCUGAUGACUGUAGUAAUGUCUCUAAGGUUCCAUUUUCCCAGCAGGUAAUUGGAUUAUCCAUAAGUGAAAAAAUUAGUUAUUGUGAAUUGUUUAGAAGUAAGAAUAAAAGCAUCAAAUGCACAUUUGAUUAAUUAAAUAACACAUAAAAUAGUUGUAUAUCUCUUCAAACAUCUUGUAUUAAUUACAGAGUUCCAAUGGAAAUUGUGGAUAAAUAUUAUUUUUGCCAAAUUAAGAAGAAUGUCUAAGGAUUUUAAUGUAAAUAUAAUGGAACUGAAAAUUAUUGUCGGGAUUCCAAAUGCUCAGACGCUGUGAAUCCACAAUCUCAAUUAGAUUGUAACACUAUGGUAUUCCAAACUACGUGCAAAUAUUUGUUAGGAACUUGUUAUAACUACUAGAAUACUUGUAGCCAAAUACCUGUUCCCAAGGAAAACCCGAUAUACUAUUGUAGUUAAAUUAGAAAUUAGCAUUUCCCAUGCACAUAUGUUGGAGGUGAUUAUUGUGUCAAGCUAAAUACUUGUGAAGAGAUUAAUGUCGAAAAUGUGAUAAAUAAAUUGGAAAUUUGCAAUCAAUUAUAAGAUAAUUCACUUUAGAGCUGCACCUAUCUUUGGGGCAAUAAUUGUGUAACGCAAAAAAGUUGUGCAGAAUACGAUGGUAAUGUGAAUAACAAAACGGGCCCAUAAUAAGGUCUAGAAGAGGCAUAAUGCUCAUUAGUUACAUCAUUAAACAAUAUUCGUUGUGCAAAAGAUGAAACCAAAUUCAGGAAAUGCAGACCAUAUGUAUGCGAAGAUAUUUUGUUAAUAAAUGAUUGUUUAAAUGAUAUUAAGGGGUGCUUUUAUUACAACUAAAAAUGCAUUUAAAAAAAACAAUGCUCCGACUAUUAGCCAAUAGGAGUUAACUCUGAGCAAUAGUAGAUAUGGUGUGAAAAUGUACAGAAUAUAAGUGGAGCAUUUUGUAAAUGGAACGGAACUAGAUGUUCAAAUAGAAGUUGCAGUGAUGUUUAAUAUUACACAGAUUUCUAUUGUCAAUAGUACCUAUCUAAUUGUAAAACUGAUGGAACUAAAUGUAUUGAUGUGAGUCAGGAUUGUAAUUAAAUUAGAACAACUAAGCAAUUAUGUGGAAAUUUCUUGGAAACAAAUGGAAUUGACAAAUGUAUAUCUAAAGAACCAACUUAAAACAUUGGAUAAUGUGAUCAUCGAACUUGUUAUGAUAAUAUAAGUGCCUAAUCGGACACUGAAUGCAAUAAGUUCAUGUAAGGGUGUGUAACCAGAGGAUUUGGAUGUAUUCCAAAUACUGAACCUUGUACUUCAUAUAGAGGUACAAAAAUCUAAUGUGAGUAAUUCAAAUAGUUGAUAAAUAAGGAAUUUGUGUAUUGUUCUGGAUUAUUAACAAAUCAAUCAAAUACCAAAUGUAAAGUGAGAAUUUGUUCAGACAACACUACUGCAACUUCAGAUUAAGAGUGUUCAGAAUAUCUAAAAGGAUGCCGAACAAAAGGAGUAGGAUGCAUUGAAGAAUCAGCAUCAUGCACUCAAUAUCAAGGAAAUUAUGAUGCUUGUUAAAAAUUUAAAGGGAAUUAUGGCAAGGACUUUUGCUUUAGUAGUGGAGUGAACACGUCCUGUAGAAAAUUAGAAUGCAGUGAUAUUAAUGGUGUAGAUAACUAAUCUUGUAAUUAUAGAUUUGACUCAAUCACUUGUAUAUUUGAUGGAUCAAAGUGUGUUAAUUAUGGAUUGCAAUGUUCUUAAUUUUAGGGUAAUCAUAUAAGUUGUGCCAAUUUUAUGGCUACUGAUGGACCAUGCAAAGCAACAGUUAUGGAUGACUUCAAAAUUAGUAGUUGCACUAAAAGAGUCUGCAAUGAUGCACCUAACACAUUGAAAACUGAUAUAGAAUGUUAGUUAUAUCACCCAUCAUGCUACACUACUGGAUACGGAUGUUCAUCUAUUAAAAAGUGCGAUAAUAUUAUUACUCAAACUGCUUGCGAGGAAAAUAUAUCUUGUUCAUGGUCACAUUUUUGUAACUAAUAAUAUGAAAGCUGUGAUUAAAUUAAAGAGAUUAGCUAAACUAGUUGUUUCAACUCAAAGGUAACAAAUUAAAUCUGCACAUUAACUGAUAACUCUACUCAAUGUCGUUCUUAAAAUUGUGAGGAUUUACCUCAUGAUAUUUCAUCUCACAGUAUAUGUCAUUAAUUAAAUCCGAAAUGCACAACCAGUGGAAUAGGCUGUAUUACUUUUGGCUAAUGUUCUACCUAUAGAAUCAUUUCGAUUUGCCUUAAUGCUUAUGGCGAAAGAAAAUGUAUUUGGGAUUACUACGAAAAAGGUUGUAGAGACAUCAAAUGUACUGAUUUUUAAGGUAAAACAGAAGCUGAGUGUGAGUAAUAAUUGAGUGGAUGUAUAUCCAAUGGUAUUAAAUGUAUCUCUGGAGACUCAUGCGAUGAAUAUGAUAGCUAAGAUUCCUGUAUUCACUCAAAAAGAGGACCCUGUUUAUGGGUUUAGAAUUCAUGCAUCAAUUACUCUAGAUGUGAAGAUGCCAAACUCAAAACCUUUUAAGAAUGCCAAAACAUAUCAAAAUAUUGUACAACCAAUGGAUCAAAUUGUAUACCAAUUACUUUUUGUGCUCUAUAUGAGAAACCUGAUUCCUGUGUCUACGGAUUAGACAAAUAAUGUGGAUGGAAUGAAAAAUGCUAAUCCUUCAAGGCCUGUUCUGAUUUAAGAUCUAGUGAUAAUGAUAUUUGUAGAUUGUAUCAUUAAGACUGUGUGUCUGACGGGUCUCAAUGCAUCGAAGAAGCUUAAAAAUGUUCGAUGUAUAAAACAUCCAAUGAAUGUUUGAAUGCUUCCAAAGAAGGCCCUUGUACUUGGAAUCAAACAGCUAAUAUUUGCUAAUCUAAAGUUUGUGAAGAUUACAAAUAUUUAACCCAUUAAGAAUGUUACAAAGCUAAUAAUUUAUGUACUACUGAUGGAACUACUUGCAUAUAAUAAUCAACUUGCUCUUCCUAUGGCUAAUCUACUUGUUACUAAGGAACUGAUGGUCCAUGCAUUUUUGGUCUCCCAAUCAAGGGUAAUAGUACAGAGUAAUCUUGUAGAAUCAAAGAAUGUCAGGAUAUUCAUCAUGAAUAAAGUAAUCAAAACUGCUUGAAACUCAUACCUGGUAAACAAUGUGUUUCAAAUGGUACCCAUUGUAUUCCAAAAGCAUAGUGCAGCACUUACAAUACUCUUACAGCUUGUUAAGGAGGGGGUAUUGAAGGUGAUAAAGCAACCAUUUGUGCAUUCAAACCAAAGGAAAAGAACUCUUAAAUAGGUUCUUGUACAACAUUCUCUCAAUGUGCAGAUGCAGAAUAGGAUGAGUUUACAUGCAAUACCAAUCCAUCUUGUUAUUGGAAUUAAAAUACAUGCCUUGAUUAAACUUGCCAAACCUUUUCAAAUGGAUUAAACUGUAACCCAGUACCAAAUUUUGAUGGUACUAAAUAUACGAUCUGUUUGUUUAAAAAUGGAAACUGUGAAACCAGUGAUCCUAAGACUAUUUCAGAAUCCUAAGCAUGCUUCAUCAAGUCAGUCUACACACACACUUGGAAUUCUAAUACAAAUCAAUGUGAAGCCUGCUUUUAGGGAACCACACCCUUAAAUCCAGGUGCAACGAAAAUAGCCAUGAUCAUAUCUGUGUUUCUAACAAUAUUUUUGAUAGUUUGA